AUGAGAUUAGCAGCUUAUGCUGGGGUCUCGACGGCCCUGGCUGCCGGUGUCAUCCUUAAAGCUUUGCACCAGCGAGCAAACUUCUAUUCCGCUUGCGUUUAUCUGUCCCAGAGCAAUGCGAACCUUAUGAUUCUAACGAACCUUUGUCUAAUGGUCGUUGGAUUCGUACUAUAUGGAUUACAGAGGUUGCUGUACGGACCCCUCCGCCCCAUCGAAACGGAACAGCUGUAUGAGAAAGCUUGGUUCGCGGUAAUGGAAACAUGCCUUGCGAUGACUACAUUUCGCGGCGACCUGGGUGCCUGGUUCUUGGCAAUGUUUGUCUGCCUUCUCAUUGGGAAGGUUUGGGGAUGGAUUGGGGAGGGUCGUGUUGAAAUACUGGAACAACAGCCGCCGCAAAACCCCCGCCUUUUUCACACACGGCUGACUCUGUCCCUUAUUUUGUCCGUGACAUUCAACGGCCUUUUACUCGAAUAUGCCGUGAAAACCGUUCUGCUCCAGGCUCGUCCGGAUAUGAUGGUGAUGUUUGGAUUCGAGUUUGCCAUCCUAUCAAUCCUGUCGACUUCGACUGCAGCGAGAUAUGCCAUCUCCCUGUGGGAUAUUUAUAUAACUAGACAACAACGACGGGCUAAGAUGGAGGAACGAAUAGCAGAGAUAAGAGUAGCUCGAGAGGAAGCUAUUCAGCAGCGAUCGGAUUCCAGGUCUGAGGAAGCCUUGAACAAUUUACCAAACGAAGAUGAUAUUGACGAAAUGGAACUCGAUGUUCCUGGCUGGGAAGAAAAAGGUCGAUGGGUAUUUUACCUUGAUCUUGUAACUGACUUCCUGAAACUUGUCGUCUACAUAUCCUUCUUUGCAAUCCUUUUCAGUUUCUACGGUUUACCAAUCCACAUUCUUCGGGACGUUGUGCUUACAAUGAGGUCAUUUGGGAAACGUGUUGUUGACUUCCUUCGCUACCGCAAUGCUACGAGAGAUAUGAAUGAGCGUUACCCAGAUGCCACUGUUGAGGAAAUGACGGAUGCGGAUGUGUGUAUCAUCUGUCGCGAAGAAAUGGAGCCUUGGCCCCCAGUUGGUGUCCCAAAUGGCAAUGGAGCUGCAGCCAGACCGCCAGUUUCAGACCGAUUGCGACCGAAGAAACUUCCUUGCGGCCAUAUUCUCCACUUCGCAUGCCUUCGCAGCUGGCUGGAACGUCAACAAAAUUGCCCAACUUGUAGACGGCCUGUUGCCCCGGUAGUCCAAACCGGUAUUUUUGGAGCUCCUGCUGCUCCUCCUGCAGUUCCUGGUGGCAGGGGUAACGUUGGAGGCGUGCCUCCAGCCCAAGCUCCUGGAGCCAAUGGCCAGCCCGGGGAAGCUCGACCAAGAGCGUGGGUCUUCAACUUCGGCCCCAUUCGCAUCGGAUUCGGUGCUGGUCGUGGGGACCUAUUCCAGAACCUAGCGCAACAGAUCCACAAUGGAGACGUACCUCUUCCCCCACCAGCUGCUAAUCAAAUCGCGGGACUCGCUGUACCGCAACAGAUUGGUUUCGGAUUUGGCUUCGGGCGCCCCCCAAUUCAACAACCGCCCCUCCUUCAGCAAGGCCUUCAGCAGCCCCUUCACCAAAUUCCACAGCAAACCACCACAACUACCCAAUUCAACAUUCACUAUACACAGGCUCAACUUCAUCAAAUCGAGCAACAAAUUUCCCAAGAAAUAAAUGCUCUGCGGACUGCGGCUGAACAACUACAGGUCGUCCGCUUAUUACAAAUUGAAUUGGCCAGACUUCGCGCAGUUCAAGCCAACACAACAAGCGCAAACAGACCCAUUCCUGGCCAACCACCUCCCGCAGCCAUUCCAUCCCUUCCAACCACUACUCCUACUGCUCUAGCAUCAUCACAUAUUCCGUACACUGGCAGCCAAAGACAGUUCACAUCCAAUCCACAAGUCCCCGCACUAAGUUCAGGGGACAAUCGUCUUCCUGAAGGACUAACUCUGCCGCAAGGUUGGACAUUAUUACCUUUACAGCAGGUCAAUAAUUCCGGACAACCGUCCACACAAACCUCAACCCUUCAAGCCACCAAUCCCCCAUCCUCACAGACUGCCUCAACCCCUACAGCCAAUCAUCAAGCAUCUUCAAUGCCAAAUAUCUUCCAACCGUCCAAUCCAGAAACAGCCGAUUGGAGUGCGCCAUCUAACCCCCCUCCCUCAAAUCAUCAGCGUCCUCUCUUUGAUACCGCUUCCAUACAUCCCCAGUUCUCAUUUUCCACACCGAAUAGCGGAACCAACAACGUGCCAGUACAACCCAGUUCGGCCAAUAGUCACCCUUCUGAAGAAUCCAUGCCUGCCCCCCCAGACUGGGCUCCUGCUGCAUCAAAUGCGGCAAUUAAUACAUCUGCAACUGCAGCUGACAAAACGACGUCUGACGCAGGUAUUGAGGAUAAUAAGGACGACGAUCAUGAGUCAUCCGACCGGUUGUUGUCGAAGGGCAAGUCUCGUGCAACUACGGUAGAAGAUUACAUUGAAGAUGAUGCUUGA